AUGCGAACGAGGAGUUUCUGCUAUCCUGGCGGCGACGCCGAAGCCGGCGGCGCUCCGGCGUCGCCGAACGGUGCGAGCCAGACGAAGGGGAGGACCCAAGGAGAGGGAGGGGCAUCUUGCCCUUGCAGGGAGAGGAAGAGGAGGCCCUGCAGUCGGUGGAGAGAGGAGGAAGAAGGCGGCGGUGGCGGGUGGAAAAGGCCGAGGGCUCCCCCGCCAGAGAACAGGUUGUCCGAAGCGGGGCUCGCCAGAGAGCAGGAGGGGGAUGCCGCCGCCGCCGCCGCCGCCGCCGCCGCCGCCGCUCGAGAGAACACAUCCGGCCUGGACCUCUUCGAAGGCUUGCCGGAUGACAUCGUGGUGUCGAUCCUCUGCAGGCUGAGCUCCGCCGCCUCCGCCCCCUCCAAUCUCGUCAACGUGAUGCUAACGUACGGCGAGGCGCCCUGCGACAGUAUUUUUGCUUCUGGGUUGAAGAUUUUGCCCUCUGUUCUUCUGAUUCAUCCGCUAUAUUUUGAAUGCAGAUGCAAGAGACUAAGGGGCUUGCUCACGAAUCCCCUCGUCCUCUCCAAGGCCUCGGCCAGGUCCCUCGCCGUCCGGGCUAAGAACUGGUCGCCCUCCGCUCAUCUCUUCCUCAAGAUGUGCGUUGACGCCGGCAACCUGGAGGCUUGCUACAUAUUGGGCAUGGUUCGUUCAUCUCAAUCCCUCCUCGCAGUACCCCCAGAAUCCGUAUUCAGAAAUAGGGGAGCGAUCCUCAGGAAUCCCUGCUCUUCAUCUUCCCUGCAGAUCCGGUUCUACUGCCUGCCGGACUGCCGCAGCAGCGGGGCGGCGCUUAUGGCGAAGGCCGCCAUCGGGUCUCACGCCGCCUCGCUCUACUCCCUCGCGGUCAUCCAGUUCAACGGCAGCGGCGGAUCCAAGAACGACAAGAACCUCCGCGCCGGCGUCGCGCUCUGCGCCCGCGCGGCUUUCCUCGGCCAUGUCGACGCCCUCCGCGAGCUCGGCCACUGCCUGCAGGACGGCUACGGGGUCCGACAGAACGUGGCGGAGGGACGCCGGUUCCUCGUGCAGGCCAACGCCAGCGAGCUCGCCUCGGUGAUGUCCUCCUCCGGCGGCACACCGCCGUGGACGGCGGCAUGCCCGCCGCACGCCCACCGCUGGCGGGCGGCGGCGGCGGCGGCGGGUUGCCCCCUGCUGAGCGAUUUCGGCUGCAACGUGCCGGCGCCGGAGCCCCACCCGGCGAACCGCUUCCUGGCCGACUGGUUCGGCUCCCCGGGGUUCAAGGAGGUCAACGGGCUCCGGUUUGGACUGCGGCUCUGCUCUCACGUGGCCUGCGGCCGGCCGGAGACGAGGCCUCACGAGUUCCGCCGGUGCUCUGUCUGCGGCGCGGUCAACUACUGCUCCCGCGCCUGCCAGGCGCUCGACUGGAAGCUCCGCCACAAACGCUAUUGCGCCCCCCUGGACAGGUGGCGCCCUCCCGACGGCGAGGAUGCCGGCGCCGCUGCCUUCCCCCCCCGUGAAGCGCCGCCCGUCGGCCCUCUCUUCGACUGA